AUGAAGAGAAAAUUACUUGCAUGGUUGCUGUUGAUGAUCCUAUCAAGCUUGGCCAUCAGAAAUAGCUCUUUCCAAUUGGAACCUCAUCAAGGUGAUUUAAUUAACCUCUCAAGGCUACAAGGAAAAGAAACUAUCCAUGAAGCAGCCAACACAAUUGAAGGUGUAAGACUGAAUGAAUCAGAAGAAGAUUAUGGAAGAGGAAGCAACAAAGAACAAGGAGAUUUGGUUGUUUCAGAAAAGGGAAAAAGAGGGAAGACAGGAGUAUAUGGUGGUGGAAAUGUUGCUCAUCGCCCCCGUCAAGAGAAAAGUAGUGCAACACCCCGCCCUUAUCACAUUGCAAAAACCAUGUUGCACGUAAGCUUCAGUUUGGUUCUAAUGGUUCUUUCCUUAAAAUUUCUCUAAGAUGUUCUGAUCCAUUAGAAACAGGUCUAUAUAUAUACCGAGUGUGAUCAGCUUGUUGGGAAAUUUUCUCCUAGUUUCUUUUGGGGUGGUCUUUUGAUGAUGAGUUGAUGACACACAGUCGAGUUUGCAUUUGAGUGUCCUUAAUUGGAUCAACUCGAUCAUGGCAAGGCCUUUUCGUGUUUGUUAGGUACGUGUGUUUGAAGAUUGUUUAUAUCUCACUAGCUUCAUUCAUGAGUUCGCAGCACUGGCGUGUUGCUACUAGGUUACAUAUAUAGUGUGCAAGUUUUUGAAUAAUUGUCGUCGAUCAAAUGGUCCCUCGAUUUUUCUAUAUAUUCGUGUUAUCAUGUAUUUUCCAUUACUCAAAGAGAUUCGUUGUACUGUAAUAUUAUGUACUCUCUCCCGUCGAGAAUGAAAACUAGUUUGAAGC